AUGAUCUUUUCUGCCACCACUAGCUCUACUGCCACCUCCAGCUUUAGUGCAACCACCUCUCAUUCCACCACCUUCUAUACUGCCAUCUUCACUUCCACCACUACCCAUACUGCCAACACCACUCAUAUCAUUGCCACCGCCUAUACUGCCACAACAAUCCAUUCCACCACCACCACCUAUAAUAUCCUGACAACUUAUACCACAGCUACCAUCUAUCCUGCUGCCACCACCUAUCCCACUGUAACUACCUAUACUACCGCUAACACCUAUACCAUCAUCACCACCUAUACUGCCGCCUCCACCUAUAGUGCAGCAAAUACCUAUACUGCUGCCAUCAUUUAUUCCAAUGACACCACCUACACUGCAAUCACCACAUAUAAAGCCAUCACCACCCAUAUCACCACCGCCACCAACUCCUCCACCAAACCCGUACCACCACUACCAACCACAAGCACCUAUUCCACCACCACCACCUCUAAUGCCACCACCACCCUUACCUCUGCCACCACUUAUUGUGCUGCCAUAACCUAUACUGCCAGCAUCACCUAUUUCGUCACCACCACCUGUAUCGCCACUACCACCUAUAACUUCACCAUCAUUUAUUCGGCCUCCACCACCUAUUCUGCUCCCAUGACCUAA